AUGGAGAGGCAACCGCAGAAGGCUCCUCAGCCCACUCAUUCCUUUGCUUGCAACGAGAGGCUGCAGACGCAUGCAAAAAAAGCAGCAGUCUCUGCUGCUGCAGUGCAGCUCUUCUUUCAGGAUGGGGUGGAUAACAAAAACGGAGACAUCACUGUGGCUGUUUCUUCUAAGCGGUCCUCCCCGUCCGCAGACAGGAGCAGCAGCAGCAGUAGUAGUAGUAGUAGUAAGAAGUACAACAGCCAGUUUCAUUCGCAGAAGUGGGACUAUCAGCAGACUUCCUGGCUUAUGGAGAGCAGAGAGACGCAAGAAAAAAUGCUGCAGAAGGAUGCACCAGAGAGACAUGAAAGCCAGCAAGGCGGCGGCGACCUUCCCCAAAAUCACUUGCCGGCGAACACGAGCUCUUUCUCCAGUAGUAUCUGUAUAGGUAGCGGUAGGGGAAGCCGUGGCUGUGCGUGCAUUGGUGGACUUGCGGAGGGCACGGAUCCGUCCAGCUUGCGCCUUCAGGCUCAUGCCUCUGCUCCCUUGUCACUAAUCUACCUCCGCCUGAGCGAUGCUCCACAGCUAAGUGAAGAAGUUGAAAAGAAACUGCGAGCAUUCAUAGGAUUCGUGGAGAGCGAUGCUAACUCGCAUCGGCAACAACAGAAGACUGAGUACAAUGUUUCUGUUCCGCAACUGCAACAGCAGCAACGGCAACAACAGGAGCACCCCUUUUUUGCAGAUUACUUACCGAAAGAUGUGAAGCAGCAACAGGAAGUGGAGAGAGCCCUUAGACACAUUUUGUUUGCGGUCGUUGAAAUGGCAACGGCGCGACAAUUUCAUCUCCCGCCACCGAGCGUCAGCCACCAGCUCUAUGGGUAUGACAUUAUCGUCAGCAGCAACCAGGCGCCCCCGUUGGGGGAGUGGGCCCUUCAGCUGCCUCAGGCGGUCCGCCUUUUUUAG